AUGGCGGAUCUGACUUGUACGCCGUUUCUGUUCUAUCCAUUACUCGUCAUCGUCCUCUUCGUCUACUCCCUUAACCACCAUAACGGACUUCUCUCCACCGUCGUCAACGAUGAUCCUUCUUGUCAUCUCUCCGUCGCCUCUUCGUCCGUGUUCUCUUCCUUCAGAUUCUUUUCUUCUUCCUCUUGUCUCACCACUCUCAACAACACGUCGUCAUCAGAAGUUAGGGUGGUAGAUGAAGCGGCGGAGAGAAUCGAAGACGGUUUGGCGAUGGCGAGAGCCGCCAUACAGAAAGCUGGAGAAGUGAAUCUACGGAGGAAUGGUUCGGAUUUGGGAUUGAUAUCAAAAGGAUCUAUCUAUCUCAACGCUUUUGCUUUUCAUCAGAGCCACAAAGAGAUGGAGAAGAGAUUCAAGAUAUGGACAUAUAGAGAAGGAGAAGCACCUCUCUUUCACGAAGGUCCUCUCAACGAUAUUUACGCUAUUGAAGGCCAAUUCAUGGACGAGAUCGAAAACGGAAAAAGCCGUUUUGCGGCAGCUUCACCGGAGGAAGCCACCAUGUUCUACAUCCCUGUAGGGAUCGUCAGUAUCAUACGAUUUGUCUAUAGGCCUUACACUAGCUAUGCACGUGACCGUCUCCAAAACAUUGUCAAAGACUACAUCUCUCUUGUCUCUAACCGUUACCCUUACUGGAAUCGAACACGCGGCGCUGACCAUUUCUUCCUCUCCUGUCACGAUUGGGCACCUGAUGUUUCAACAGUAUAUCCAGAACUAUACAAGCAUUUCGUGAGAGCUCUAUGCAAUGCCAAUGCAUCCGAGGGGUUCACACCCGUGAGAGACGUUUCAUUGCCGGAAAUAAAGAUUAAAUUCGGUAAAUUAGGGUCUACACACGACGGAGAACCGCCUCAAAACCGCAAACUCUUGGCGUUUUUUGCGGGCGGUUCUCACGGAGAAGUCAGGAAAAUUCUUUUCCAACAAUGGAAAGAAAAAGACAAAGAAGUCCUUGUCUACGAGUAUCUCCCCAAGACCAUCAACUACACCAAAAUGAUGGAUCAAGCGAAGUUUUGUCUAUGUCCGAGCGGUUGGGAAGUAGCUAGUCCAAGAAUCGUGGAGUCUCUUUACUCUGGUUGUGUUCCGGUCAUCAUAGCUGAUUCUUACGUUCUUCCAUUUAGCGACGUGUUGAACUGGAAGAGAUUCUCGGUUCAGAUUCCGGUAGGGAAGAUACCGGAGAUAAAGAAGAUUCUAGAAGCGAUAACGGAAGAGGAGUACUUGGAGAUGCAGAGGGGAGUUCUUGAGGUUCGAAAACACUUUGUUGUAAACAGACCAUCGAAGCCAUAUGAUAUGUUGCAUAUGGUUUUGCAUUCGCUUUGGUUACGGAGGCUUAAUGUUCGGAUUCCUUUUUAA